GGAAGUUAAGGCUGUUUAGGCUUUACUUGCUGGUUUUUUAUAGUGAUUUUUUUGUUAAUUGACACUAGUGAUGGGCAAUAUUGUGAUAGAUGAUAGACUCAAGGAUGAGAGUGGAGCUGAACGAUUGAUUGUUGAUGCCGCUGUUGAACUAGCAUCCCAUGGGCAUAAUGUCCACAUUUUCACAGCUCAUCAUGACAAAAAUCGUUGUUUUGAGGAAACUCGUGCUGGUACAUUUCCAGUUACAGUAUAUGGUGAUUUCCUGCCACGGCAUAUUUUCUACCGUCUUCAUGCUGUAUGUGCAUAUCUACGCUGCAUAUUUGUUGCUCUUUGUGUGCUGUUGAUGUGGUCAUCAUUUGAUGUUAUACUAGCAGACCAAGUCUCUGUUGUCAUCCCUUUGUUGAAACUUAAGAGGUCUAUGAAGGUUGUAUUUUAUUGUCACUUUCCAGAUAUGUUGCUGGCUCAACAUACAACUCUUUUGAGGAGGUUAUACAGGAAACCCCUUGAUUUCUUAGAAGAGCUAACAACAGGAAUGGCAGAUAUGAUACUUGUUAAUAGCAGAUUUACUGCAUCAACCUUUGCAAAUACAUUUAGGCAUCUUCAUGCAAAAGGAAUUCGACCAUCUGUUCUGUACCCAGCAGUUAAUGUGGAUCAGUUUGGCAAACCCAAUUCUUAUAUGUUAAAUUUUCUCUCCAUCAACCGCUUUGAAAGGAAAAAGAACAUAAAUUUAGCAGUUUCAGCUUUUGCAAAGCUUCAGAAGCUCAAAGGAGGUGUUCUUAAAAAUUGUAGUGUGGCUGAUGCUACCUUGACAAUUGCAGGUGGAUAUGAUAAACGCCUUAGGGAGAAUGUUGAGUAUUUGGAAGAGCUCAAAAGCUUAGCAGAGAGAGAAGGAGUGGCCAAUUCUAUUAAUUUCAUCACCUCUUGCUCAACAGCAGAAAGGAAUUCUCUUCUCUCUCAAUGCCUUUGUGUCCUUUAUACUCCAAAGGAUGAGCACUUUGGCAUUGUCCCAUUAGAGGCCAUGGCAGCUCAUAAACCUGUUAUUGCAUGCAACAGCGGGGGCCCUGUGGAAACUGUCAAGAAUGAGGUCGCAGGAUUUCUUUGUGACCCUACAGCAGAGGACUUUGCUUUGGCUAUGGCUAAAUUCAUUCAAGAUCCUGAGAUGGCUAAGAGAAUGGGUGAAGAUGCUAGGCAGCAUGUUAUUGAUUCAUUUUCUACCAAGACUUUUGGGCAGCAUUUGAAUCAAAUUCUUCUCGAUGUUGUUAAGAGUAAGGAGGACUAAAAACAGUGAAUCGAAGCUAAAGGCAGGCUUUUAGGAGAAAAUUUCGGAGAUUUGAGAUAUUAGCAUAAUUAUUUUACCAGUUGCCAUUAGAAAUACUUUUCUUUGAGUUCUAGAGAAGAUUGUAUCCAGGAGACAUACAUGAUACAUUUAUCACUUAGGGCAAUGAAGAUUCAAUGCCUUUGUAAGAUAGUUACUGCUAGGAAAAUUAUACUCUCAUUGUUGAAGUAUAAGGUUUUGUUGAUUUGUUUUACGGUACUCUUUUAACAACAAUGAUUCAUUGAGAAUCUUUCGUUACACAACAGUCACAUUAUAUCAUAUCAAAUACAUGUAUACUAUUCUA